AGUGCCACCGUGUCCAAAGUGAGAAGACCCAGACGAUACUUCAGUCUGUGGCUGUCUUGUUUACAGUGGUUGUGCCAGGCCUUUGAAGACCUGUGGCAGACAACGUGUUAAGAUUUUAUUGCUUACCUUUAUUAUUUCGUUACAAGGGUCAGUGUAUGAAUCCAAUCUGGAUCGAGGCGGCAACAACAGGAAGAAGAAGAUAGAGGAAUUCUCUAGGUCUUCUCGGGAGAAACUAGUCCAGUCAAAGAACAAAAUGUUUUCCAAAUUUACGUCCAUUCUUCAACAUGCUGUUGAAGCGCUUGCCCCGUCGCUGCCCUUGCAGGAGGACUUUGUCUAUCACUGGAAGGCAAUUACACAUUAUUACAUCGAGACAUCUGAUGACAAAGCUCCAGUCACAGACACCAAUAUCCCAUCCCACCUGGAACAGAUGCUGGACAUCCUGACCCAGGAGGAAAGGGAGAGGGAGUCUGGAGAGACGGGGCCCUGCAUGGAGUAUCUCCUCCACCACAAGAUCCUCGAGACUCUCUACACCUUGGGAAAGGCAGAUUGUCCUCCGGGGAUGAAGCAGCAGGUGCUCACCUUCUACACAAAGCUGCUAGCACACAUUCGUCAACCUCUCCUGCCACACAUCAAUGUCCACAGACCUGUGCAGAAACUGGUCCGUCUGUGUGGAGAUGUGCUGGCUGCUCCUACAGAAAACGAAGAGAUUCAGUUCCUCUGUAUAGUCUGUUCCAAACUGAAGCAGGACCCAUACCUUGUCAACUUCUUCCUCGAGAACAAAUCAAAGCGACCUGAGGCGAAGAGACCUACAGAGGCGGGGAAGGACAAUGUGUUGGAUCCAGACACCGGUCAGUCUGCAGCAAUGGGGCGGGCUGACCACCCAGAGGAAGCUGCAGCUGUUGCCUCCACUUCUAGUCCCACCAAUAACAACAAUAACGGCAACAAUUACAAUCUCGUCACAUCGCUGCUCAACCUCACAAAGAGCCCCGAUGGCAGGAUAGUGGUGAAGGCAUGCGAGGGUCUGAUGCUGCUGGUCAGUUUGCCAGAGCCUGCAGCUGCCAAGUGUUUAACAGAAAACACAGGGCUCUGUGAGCUGCUGACUGACAGGCUGGUGUCCUUCUAUAAAGCCCUGCCACAGUCCAUGGACCCCUUGGACAUCGAGACGGUGGAGUCUGUUAACUGGGGUCUGGACGUGUAUAACCUGAAGGAGGAUGCUGCUAUCUUCACAGGAAAGAGGCCUCUCAUCUCCUUCCUGUCGUGGCUAGAUUACUGUGACCAGCUCAUCAAGGAGGCUCAGAAGUCAGCAGCAGCAGUGAUGGCAAGAAAUGUGAGGGAAAGAUUCUUUGUGUCUGUGAUGGAGCCGCAGCUGAUGCAGACGUCGGAGGUGGGCAUCCUGACCUCCACGGCCCUGCUGAACAGGAUCAUCAGGCAGGUGACCUCAGAGGCUCUGCUGCAGGAGAUGAUCUACUUCCUGCUGGGAGAGGAGACGGAGCCAGAGACUGCUGCGACUGUGGCUCAGAAUCCACUGCGACACAGACUCAUCGAGCACUGCGACCAUCUCUCAGACGAGAUCAGCAUCAUGACGCUGCGGCUGUUUGAGCAGCUGAUCCAGAAGCCCAACCAGCACAUCCUGCACAGCUUGGUGCUGCGCGGCCUGGGGGAGAGGAACUACCUGGAGAACAAACCCCAGGAGGAGCGGGAGCCCCUGGAGAACGGGCUGCCCCACGAUGCUGUGUAA